AUGCAAAAGGCUCAACGUCUCACUUCUCAAACGAUGUGUGACACCCACAAAUACCUACUCCGACAGGCAACAACGAGUCAGCGACACCCAUCAUCACCGACGUCAACCCACCAUCUCAGCAUCGCCUCUCGCUAUUGCUCCUCACGUCAACUCUCCCCUGCUCGUCAUCGCCUCCCCUGUGAAGCCACUGGCCGGAGACCUUCGAUAGCCACAACUCCGUCGCACCUAAGCCCAGGUGAUCAAUAUUUACUUAGUAGAGAAGAAAAGUGCUAA